AUGUGGCCCGAGUAUGUCGGCGUCUUCUUCGGUUUGUGUGACAUGCGCGUCGUCUUGGGAAACUCUGGCAAUCGACUCUCGAGUUACGUGUGCGCAGUUCGUCUCGACAUCUUUGACCCGCAGUCGGCAAUGUGGAUGACCGUCCUCGAGAAUCCCGCGCAGGAGCUCACGCCAGGUGGAGCCCUGCUGGGAUCACACGAAGCCGUAACCUUCCACCGCUUCAAGGAGUUGGUUAGCUCCGCAGUUAGCCACGACCGAAAGCUCCUAGUGAGAGUUAUGGUGUCUGACAUCGGCUGCUUGCGGCUGCAGCAGUUUGAAGAUACUCCUCCCACGCAGUACGGGGGUUAUUAA